GCUGCCUGAAACAGGAUGAGUGAACAGGAGAGGGAGACAGAGGAGGAUGAAGGAGGGGGCACUUCAGACACGGCACCCAUGCUGCCUGGAAGGCUGCCUGGCCGCCAGGCCUCAACCCUGCUGUCCCCAGGGUGGGCAGGCCUGGUGGCCCACAGCCUGGGGACCCUGCUGCUGCCUGGCUGGGCCCUGGCCGGGCUUGUGCUCCACCUGCUGCCCGCGACCGCGUUCCUGCUGGUGCUGAUGCCUGCAGCUGCCAUUGUCUCCCUGGGAGUCCUGUGCCACUCAAAGGUCCACCCGGCGCCCCGCCCCUCGUGCCGCGCGCUGCUCUCAGACCGCAGCUCCGCGGCGCUCAUCGCGCUCGGCUUCCUCUCGCUGCCCCCGCUGCUCGUACUCGCCUCGGCCACCCGCGCUCGCCUGGCCCGGCGCCUCCGCCCGCUGCUGCCGCCCCGCACCUGGACCCCCAGACUUCGUCGCCACCACGGGGCCAGCGACCGGGGAAGGGCGGGACGCCACCCCGACGCGGGGGAGCAGCUCUGCGCCCGGGUGUGAUCCCCAGUUGCCUCUCCGAAGGACCCCGCGCCCUCCAAACCCUGUGGUCGCGGUCAGGAUGGUUAAUGCGUCCCGGUCCUGGGAACCGCGCGCGCGCGCGCGGCUCCGUCCGCAGUGCUCCGCGUGGCCGCGAGAUGGCGCCAGACUCCCGGGCCGGUGGGCGCUUCCCCACGCUCCCCCGAUCCUGCAGUCCCCCUGCCGCAGAGGCUGGGAAGCCCCCGGGGGUAGGGAGGUGGCUCCCAGAGAAAGGCGGUCUCCCGGGCCUCUGCCGCAGUGGCUGCCCUGGCUGCGGCUUCCGCAGCCCCGCGGCCCCCAAGCCGGGGGAGCCAGCCGGCCUCCAGCGAUUGAAAAGGCGGGCAACCCCACAUUCCGACCCCGCCCUGGGCCAGGGGCGCA